UAUCCUUACUCAAAUUGUGAUGUUGUAGAAUUAGAAGGUAAUCAAAUAUGGCAGGCAAUUUCUGGCAAAGUUCACAUUAUGAUCAAUGGAUUUUCGAAAAACAAGAGCUGUUACGGAUGCGAAGUGAAGAUUUGAAGAUUUAUAGCGAAGAGGAAUACCAGAAAUUGAUGAUUUUCUGGGCUAAUCUCAUCCAAACAUUAGCGGUUGAGGGUAUUCAGCAAGGUCAUCCGAAGACAAGGAUGCAGGUUAUUGCUACAGCCAUAGUGUAUUUUAAGCGAUUUUAUGCUCGUCGAUCAUACAAGGAUGUCGAUCCGCUCCUCAUCGCUUGUGCUUCUGUCUUCCUAGCAUCAAAGGUGGAGGAACAUGGGUUGAUGUCAAUGUCAAAUUUGAUCAAAACCAUUCCGAACUGUCUGAAAAAGUGGCCAAAUCUCACCUAUGAUGCAUCUUCCAAAAAUAGCGGGCUAUAUGAUGCUGAGUUUAUACUGGUGGAGAUGCUUGAUUGUUGUUUGGUUGUAUACCAUCCAUAUAGGCCACUUACUACAAUGUUACAGGAUAUUGCACGGGAUCCUACCGUAAAAGAUUUCCCACCCUUUGAGGAGCAGUGCUGGAAGGUCGCCAAUGACUCUCUUCGUAGCGACUGUUCACUCCUUUACCCUCCACACAUCAUUGCCAUUUCUUGCAUUAUUGUUGGAGCUGAGUUGAUGAAUAGAGAAAAGGACAUCAAGAUGUGGCUUCCAGAGCUUUCCGUUGAUUUCGAAAAAGUCUACGAUUGUGUAAAUACUAUUUUUGCCAUGUAUAAAACGUGGAAGACGUUUGACGAGAAGGAACACGUGAAGCCAUUGUUUGAUAAGUUACCAAAAAUCAAUCCUGAAUGUCAAAAUCGACCAAAACGUCUUGCGAGGAAAAUGAUUUCCAAGUCUUUGCUCUCAGCUCUGAAAUGCGGGAACUCACACCAAGUCAAAGCACUCCUGGCAUCUGUAGAAUCAUCACAAUGGCCAACUGAGGUUCUGUUGCCAUUCACAUUACAAAAGGUGCUGCGAGCACUACCGUACGCUGAAGAACUGGACUACAUAGCGAAAUGUUUUAGGUUAUUCUCGGGCUUACAGCGACUCCCUGAAAUGAAAAGGAGAGAAGCCGCAGAACUGCAUCGAUUGGCGCUUUUAAGCGAGUGCAUUCAAGCAAUGAUGACAUCCAAAAAUCUUGAUAAAUUGAGCGAUCUUGUGAUGCUGAAGUACCAAGAAAUCGUGAGUCUAUAUGCUUGUCGACGCUAUGUGCCACAGUUCAAGUACCUGGUAAUGGUUUGUCAUCGAAGAUCAAGACUUCUACAGUUCAAAAAGAGGUCGAAAGUGUUACUUGCGCUCCUUGAGAAGCUACGAAAGAAUGGCUUGAUAUUUGUUGAUUACUUGAUCAGUGUUAUGCUACAAGCUCCAACAGAUCUCUUUGAACAGAUGGUGGCACAAUACCCGAAUGCGACGCUUCCGCUAUCGGAUCCACGCUAUGCCACUUUUUUACGAUUGUACCGAAUGGACAUCAUUGAAUUGUUCAGUAAUUUGAACUACUUGCCAUACUUGGAAAGCUUCAAGGAUUUUUUCGUUUUCGAAGAUCCAGACAUUGCUGAUAUCUACUUUGUCAUGGAUGAGGUCAGAGCUGCCGAUAGAUCUAACAAAAAAGAAAGGAAGGUGAUCGCUCUUGAACACUUCUGCGAUAUCGUUCUUGAACAUCCAGAGGCAACAACACUACUGGACUACACACUUCAGAAAUUGAACCCAAAACUAUGGAAUGAAGCCCAUAUGAACGAUGUGAGAAGAGAUUCACCGGUUUUAAAAGUAUUCCUGGAAAAAUUUUUUCCAAAAGGAAAAGAAGAAUUGAUCAUGUUGGACAGAUGUGCUGCUGCUUUAGAGCCCGAAUUUUUUGUGCAGACCUUGUCAAAGUCGAAUCACCCGUAUCCAGAGCUAAUUCCACCAGCCCUGAAAGCACCAAAAGAUUGGAAUGGGGAAAAUGAUGACCGAUUUUGGGCUGCAUGCGUUUUGCGCACUCUACCUCGUCUAGAACGUAAGACUGAUGACUGGUACUAUGAUUUUGUCGAGGCUUGCUCUGGUGAUCCAUAUAAUCGCGCGGUACUAUGGUACCUUCUGCCGAAUUAUGAACAGGUUCUAGAAGAACGUCUAAUCGAACGACGACGUCGCCAAGGUUUCCGAAGCAUUCGUGAUGAUGGCGAUAUCAGUGAUUUGGAAGUGGUGACAACGAUGCGUAAACCGAGCGAUUAUUUCAAGUUUAGGGCGAGCGAUUACGAUGAUGUACAAGACCCCGAAGUCCUAGCGCUGAGACCAUAUCAAGAAGAACUUGUGGAAUCUGCUCUACGUGGCAAGAAUGUCAUAGCCUGUGCACCUACAGGCUCAGGUAAGACCGAAGUGUGCAUCUAUGUGGCAAUGGCCCAUUUGGAUGCUAGAGCUUUGAAGAAUGAGCCAGCACGGGUAGCCAUGUUAGUGCCAAGAAUUCCCCUCGUCGAUCAGCAAAAACUCAGGUUCCACAAAUAUGUUCGAGGAAAGUACUAUGUCGAAGGUUUUCAUGGCUCAGAAGGUGCGAAAGGCUCGUCUCGGCGAGAUACUGUACUGGCAUGCGAUAUUGUAGUGAUGACACCGCAAAUUUUAUUAAAUAUGCUGAAAUCGGUUCGUCAAGACGAGCGCGUUUACGUAUGCGAUUUCUCUCUGCUAAUCUUCGAUGAGGUUCAUCACUGUACGAAAGACCAUCCUUACAAUAUUCUCAUGCAAAUUGUGCAUGAAUACACGGGAACAAAGCCACAGACGAUGGGUCUCACAGCUUCGUUAGGAAUAGGUAUGGCUACUAGUGAUGAAAGCGGAAUGGGCUCUAUCUAUGAGCUAAUGGCAAAUAUUGGCGCUACAUCAUUAGCAAGUGUAAGACGACAUUUGGAGAUACUGGAACAAUAUGUUCCGAAGCCUGUUGAUACAACGAAAAAGGUUGAUCGUCCAAAAGAGUCGCCUUUUUUGCGCACGGUCAUAAAUAUAAUGGAGAGGAUACAGAACGACUUGGAGCCGUCAUUGAAGAAACUUACACAGGAGAACCUGUCUGGUUACAAACUAACCAGGGAAGAAGUGAAAUUUGAAGAUCCGUUAGCCACUGAAAAAUAUAUACAAAAAGUGAACACGCUGGCAGCAACGCUGGGUAAAAUUUCCAAUGGAGAUUUCAAAUUUGAACCAAGUAUUGCGCUUGAGUAUCUUGGUGUUCUCAGUCAAGCUAUCUCUAUUAAUGAUCUGAUGCCAGCUAAAUACGCUUUAGAAUAUUUGCAAAAGAACCUCGAAGAAUUGAGCAAGAAAUUUGAAGGACCAUGUUCACAAAAAUUCUUUAAAUUUUACCGUGAGAAACGUGACAUACUACUUAGCUCAUCUGAACAGGAACGUAACAAGCCGAUUGUGGAUGCUUUAGAGACAGAAUUGAAGAACCAAUUUGCAAAGGAUGCCAAUUCACGAGCUAUUGUAUUUGUAACAAGGCGAUCUACAGCUGUGGAGCUGAUGAGAUAUCUGAACACGGAGAGGGUGCUGGGCAAGUCAGAUCUCGUUGGAUUUGUGACGAGUACUUCCAAGAAAAAUAGUGAAUAUGGACAGACCAAAGAAGAGCAGCAAAAAGCUUUGGAUGAUUUCAAUCGAGGGAAAAAGAAGGUUAUCAUCGCUACAUCAGUUGUUGAAGAAGGUCUUGAUGUCAGUACUUGUAAUUUGAUUAUCAAGUACAACAGUUCCAGCAAUGCUGUACAGAGAGUUCAACGACGAGGAAGAGCUCGAGCUCGCGACAGUCGCUCCAUUCUUAUUGUUUUGUCCGAAAAUGUUGCCCAAACUGAAUAUCAGGCGAUCAUGGCAGAGAAGAUCAUGAACAAAUGCGUGAAACGCAUUCAAGAGCAAGGCGAAAAGGCUUUAGAAAAGAAGGUGAAGGAAGUGAUGGAGAGACAAGCAAAAGAACGUAGAAAGAUUGCCGAACAUAAAAUGAAAGCUCAGGAAGCGUUGAAAGAUAAAUACUUCACCAUCCGCUGCAAAAUUGACAGUCAAGAUGUGUGCGCUAGUACUUUUGUCCGCACUAUCAAUGGAUCCAGCUAUGUUUGCGUUGAUCCAGAGAUUUGGAGUCGCAUAAAAAUCAAAACCAAAGAGAUUUCGACAAAGAUGAAAUUUGUUGAUGAAGUGACUCAAAUCUUGGCCGAAGUACACUGCCGAUGUGGACAAACGGUUGGAACUGUCAUGAAAUAUGCUGGUACAUAUCUCCCAACGCUGAACAUCAGUAACCUGAUGUUCUAUGAACGAAUCGAGGGAAAGGAUGCUCCUGGUGAGCCGAUCAGUAGCUGGAACAAAGCCAAUGAACAUUUCUGGAUACCGGAAGCAAAUGAGAAAGAAUUGCGUCAAAUGCUACUCUCACUCGCCGAGGACAAUGAAAACAAGAUUGUCUUGGACGUAAUGAGUGACAAGAUGAUCGCAGCUCAAGAGAAAUUGCUUGAAAAAGAACGUAAGAAGAAAGAACCAACCGUUCGUGUCAAAACAGAUUGGGAAUAGGAUCCAAUUCUCCCAAGCAUGAAGGAUCUGUCUUUUCAUUAAGGGUAUCAAUUUGCUUUACGGUUUUGGCCUUCCUUGUUUGCAAAUUACAAUAGUUCUGCUUUUUUUUCUUGAAGAUCAUUAUUGUUUUUCUUGUUGGAGUAAAGCUGACGUUACUCA